AUGGUUUGUGUACCGUGUAUAUUGUUACCUGUACUUUUGGCAUUAUACAUCAAAUUUAUUCAACCGAUUGUAUUUCGAUUCUUGCCAGAAUCAUGGAGGACAACAUUUGAUGCACUGCUGUAUCCCACAUGUCCAAUUCAGAUUCCUACAGCUUCUGCUGAAGAUGCUACUACUGUUGCUGCAGGCAAAAGUGUCAAAGUUGAUGGUGAAAAUGUUCAAAAGGAGUUAGAUAAUUAUGAUAAUUGCACUGAUAGUAGCAAGAAAAAUAAAUAA